UUGAAAUUAGUUUUUGUAUUGACUUCUUCUAGCGGCCAUUUUCUUUCGUUCGUUGCUUCAUCGUAUCUGACUACUUUCUUUCCAUAAACGUGUAGCCGGCAGAGAGCUCCUUAACAAGAUGCCCCUCGCACGCGACUUAUUGCACCCAACUCCUGAGGAGGAGCGCAGGAGGCACAAACUUAAACGAUUGGUUCAACAUCCCAACAGUUACUUCAUGGAUGUCAAGUGCCCUGGUUGUUACAAGAUCACCACAGUUUUCUCCCAUGCCCAGACAGUGGUAGUGUGUGCUGGCUGCUCAGCUGUGUUGUGUCAACCAACUGGUGGAAGAGCCAGGCUGACUGAGGGCUGUUCUUUCCGCAGGAAACAACAUUGAAAGUAAAAGCAGAUUGGCCUGGCUGCACCUGAUUAUUUCAUCUGAGAUACCAUGCUUAUGUAAAGAGUGAAUACAAGAUGCAUUGUCAAGGCUAA